AUGGAUGGCCAGUUUGGGCUCCGCCCCGCCUGGCCUGGGCCCUCGGCGCCCGCUCCUCAGGCUGCGGCCUCGGCCCGUGUCCGGCCCGGAAGGCUCCGAACCGCGGGCCCGCGCUCCGUCGUCCCCGUCGGCCUGGCCCGGGAAGCCCUUGGCAGGCCCGGGAGGGCCGGCACCCCAGUCCAGGCAGGACUCCGGGAGGUCGAAGACCCCAGCCCAGGCAGGACUCCGGGAGGGCCGAGACCCCAGCCCAGGCAGGACCCCGGGAGGGCCGAGACCCCAGCCCAGGCAGGACUCCGGGAGGUCGAAGACCCCAGCCCAGGCAGGACCCAGGGAGGGCCAAGACCCCAGCCCAGGCAGGACCCAGGGAGGGCUGGGACAGCAGCCCAGGCAGGCCGCAGGGAGGGCAAGACCCCAGUCCAGGCAGGACGCAGGGCGGGCAAGACCCCAGUCCAGGCAGGACGCAGGGAGGGCAAGACCCCAGUCCAGGCAGGACGCAGGGAGGGCAAGACCCCAGCCCAGGCAGGACCCCGGGAGGGCGAGACCCCAGCCCAGGCCGGACCCCGGCAGGGCCAAGACCCCAGCCCAGGCAGGACCUCGGGAGGGCCAAGACCCCAGCCCAGGCAGGACCGCGGGAGGGCCAAGACCCCAGCCCAGGCAGGACCCAGAGAGGGCCAAGACCCCAGCCCAGGCAGGACCCAGGGAGGGCAAAGAACCCAGACCAGGCAGGACCCCGGGAGGGCGAAGACCCCAGACCAGGCAGGACCCCGGGAGGGCCAGGACCUCAGCCCAGGCAGGACCCCGGGAGGGCCAGGACCUCAGCCCAGGCAGGACCCUGGGAGGGUGAAGACCCCAGCCCAGGCAGGACCGCGGGAGGGCCGGGACCCCAGCCCAGGCAGGACCGCGGGAGGGCCGGGACCGCAGCCCAGGCAGGACCGCGGGAGGGCAGGGACCCCAGCCCAGGCAGGACCCUGGGAAGGUCGCGACCCCAGCCCAGGCAGGACCCUGGGAAGGUCGCGACCCCAGCCCAGGCAGGACCCUGGGAGGGCUGGGUCCUCAGACCAGGCAGGACCUGAAGAGAGUUGGGCUCUGGGAUUGCACAGGACCCCCAGAGUGCUAGGACACCAUGACACAUCAUCCAGGAGGGUCUGACCCUGGGGCAGGUCACUGAGAAGGGCUGGGACCCCAAGAUGGGUCACCAAGGAGGGUCGGACCUGGCCACCUGGCAGGGCCCAGGGAGGGCUAGGACCCUGGGAAGAAUCAUGGAGGAGGGCCAGACCUAGGCACCAGGCAGAAUCCAAAGAAUGCCAGGACCCCAGAAUAGAUCCCCCAGGAAGGUCCUGCCUUAAAGUGGGUCACAGACGAGGGCCAGGGCCCUAUGACCAUAAUUCAGGAGGACCUGACCCUGGAGCAGUCCUGUGAGUCCUGUGAGCACUGCUGGGACCCUGAGACUGCCCUGCCUCCCCCGGGACCCUGAGACCGCCCCACCUCCCCCAGGACCCUGAGACAGCCCCGUCUCCCCUGGGACCCUGAGACAGCCCUGUUUUCACCCGGGGCCCAGGACCCUGAGACAGCCCUGUUUCCCCCCGGGGGCUGGGACCCUGAGACAACCCUGUUUUCACCCGGGGGCCCAGGACCCUGAGACAGCCCUGUUUUCACCCGGGGGCCGGGACCCUGAGACAGCUCUGUUUUCACCCCGGGGGCUGGGACCCUGAGACAGCCCUGUUUUCACCCGGGGGCCGGGACCCUGAGACAGCCCUGUUUUCACCUGGGGGCCCGGGACCCUGAGACAGCCCUGUUUUCACCCGGGGCCCGGCACCCUGAGACUGGACAGUGAGAAGGGCUCAUGACAUGGACAGGCUCCUAAAUGACCAGGACCUCAAACGGGGUCACUUAGGGUCGGGACACUGGUGUGGACGGGGAAGAAGGCUAGGCUCUCAAAGAGGACCUGAUGAGAGCUGGAACUUCCAGACAGGUCCUCAGAGGGCUGGGACUCCUGAACAAGUCACUGAGGAGCAUGUAGGCCCCAAGACUAGACUGUAAGGAGUACUGGGACCCUCGGGGGGGAAUCCAGCAGUGUCCUGAAUCUGCCCAGUCCACUCAGCUGGAUGCACCUGCUGUGAAGGCCAGGCAUCUGGCAUCCUGGUACCCGAGGCCUUUCCAUGAGACCCUGGGCCAGCCCCACAGCCCCUGCACAUGAACCGCCUAGGUGAUACCUGGGGUAGCUAUGAGGCAGGGGCCUCAGGGUUCCAGGAGCUCCCAGCCCACAGGCUCCACACCUCAGGCUGGCACUGUGCCCUCCCCCUCAGCCCCUCGUCCAGGGCUGCUGUCCUGUCCUUGCCUUGGCCGUGGUCCGUGUCCAGCACCUUCAACCCCUCCUGCCCCUCUCCCCAUCUUCAAGGUCACAUGAGUGCCCCACUUCCUCAGUGUAGAGGCGUUUCCUGUGUCCGGGAGACUUGGAGGAGGGGUGGGGUCUGAGCUGGGAUGUGGACUCCUGGGCAUAUUUUGGGGACAGUUGGUCCAAGUCAGGAAAGUUGGAGCAGGCAAGGCUAUUUCCCACUCCCUCUCCAGUAAGGGAAGGAAUUAAAGGAUCCUGGUGGUGGUCUGGCUGGGGACAGGGGUUGGUUUAUUUCUCUGAAACCUUUGAAUCAGCCUUUCAUCAAAAACUUGUGGGUGUUUUCCUUUAAUUUGGAAGUGGUAAUGAAAAAGUGGGGUGCAUGAGGUAUUCAGAAGCGAGCGGUCUAUGCUGUCCUUUGACUAGGGAAGGGUUGUCUAGUGACAUCUUGUCAGGGGUGUUUCCAGAGGGUGGUCAUCCCAGGAACCCUGCUCCCAGAGGGUGCCGUGUGGCUGCUUGGUGUGCCGCACAUUUCCCAAAAGAGUGAAUGAUGCAUGAACGAAUGAAAGGCAAGAGUGAAUGAUGCAUGAACAAAUGAAUGAAAGGCAAGAGUGAAUGAUGCAUGAACAAAUGAAAGGCAAGAGUGAAUGAUGCAUGAACAAAUGAAUGAAAGGCAAGAGUGAAUGAUGCAUGAACAAAUGAAUGAAAGGCAAGAGUGAAUGAUGCAUGAACAAAUGAAUGAAAGGCAAGAGUGAAUGAUGCAUGAACAAAUGAAUGAAAGGCAAGAGUGAAUGAUGCAUGAACAAAUGAAUGAAAGGCAAGAGUGAAUGAUGCAUGAACAAAUGAAUGAAAGGCAAGAGUGAAUGAUGCAUGAACAAAUGAAUGAAAGGCAAGAGUGAAUGAUGCAUGAACAAAUGAAUGAAAGGCAGGAGUGAAUGAUCCAUGAACAAAUGAAUGAAAGGUAAGAGUGAAUGAUCCAUGAACAAAUGAAUGAAAGGCAAGAGUGAAUGAUGCAUGAACAAAUGAAUGAAAGGCAGGGCCGCUCUUCAGAGACAUCCCCUCGGAUUAGGCGUGCGGGCUUGUCUGGAAGUUGGGCAGUACAAUGAGGUGUAACCCUAAAACUCUGAGCUAUCUAGACUCCCAAGAGAGACACUGAAUUAGAUGGUUUGGGAUUUCAUCUUUGCCACAGCUUCACUUCUUGGUUACUUAGGAGAAAACCAUGUUAGGUUUUCAGCUUAACAUUUCAGGGUACUCAGUGUCAGCCACAUUGUGUCCCUGCGUGGUCAGCCUGGACCUAGAAGCUUUUACUCGCCCAGUGUAACCGCCAGGGACCUUUUUACUCAACACUUCCUUCUGAUUUGCUCUUUUGACACAUCCUUUACUGUUUUUUAAACUUCAUUUGCUUUGUGAAAUUGUGGAAGAGGCUUGUGAAGCUGAGUGUUCAGGUUUGUUUGGCUCUGUACUGUCUGGUUCCGAGGUUUUUAGAGGUGUGUUUUAGAGGUGUUUUUAGGCCGUGCUGAGUGGUUGUAUUAUUUAUAUAUUGCUGUGUGGCAGAUUACCCCAGAACCCCUGCCUUAAACCAACAGUCCGAUGAUAUCUUACUGUUUCUGUGGGUUGGGAGACCAGGUGGGCUCUGGCUCAGGGACCUCCCAUCUGGGGUUGUGUCUCCUCUGAAGGCUGGACUGGGGAGGGUCCGCAGCCAGGCUGUGUCACGUGACUGUGGGCUGGAGACCUCAGUUCCUUUCUCUAUAGGGCAGCUCCGAGGGAGCCCAUGCCAAGCCAGAGAGGGACAGGAAGGACGUCCCAGUCUUUGUGGAGUGACAUUCUACCACUUUUGCCAAGAGUCAUUCGGCCCCUACACACUUGAGGGGAGGGGACUCCAAAACGGCGUCACAAUGUAGCAGGGACCCCAGGCGUCGUGCUCAGAAAAUGGAAAAAGAGCCAGGGCCGGAAGGAGGGUGCAGAAGCGAGUCCGCGUGCGGAGCCAGGAGGCAGCGUCGCGUGGGAGUGCUGGCCUGAAGCCUCCAUGCCCCGGCAGAGGGACGGACACGCGGACGUCUAGCGGAGAAGCCAAAGAUGUUGACCAGGAAGAUCAAGCUGUGGGACAUCAACGCCCACAUCACCUGCCGCCUGUGCAGCGGGUACCUCAUCGACGCCACCACGGUGACCGAGUGUCUGCACACCUGUACGUGCCCUGCCCGCGCCACCCAGGGAGGGUGCGCCCUUCCCAGCUCUGUGCUCUUCAGAACCUUGGCUUUUGUGUUACCACACGCUUUUAGCUCUAGCCCGAAAAAGCAGGACCCAGGAGCAGGGGCAGAGACGAUCUUGAAGAUAAGCCAGAAAAGUCAUUUCGCGCUGACGGUGCUGUGGGUGGUGUCAUGAUGGGGCCUCACUUAGGAGCGCGGAGCCCGGGAGAGGCCCCACAUUCCUCCCACCCAGCAGCCAGGCCAGCAGCCGCUGUGACAGCGCUCACUGCUGGCAGUUUCCACAUCUCCAGAGGAGCUCCUUAGAUCCUGCAGAGGGGAACCUGCCAGUGUGUUCUUCACACCUGAUGUGCGUCCUCACACCUGAUGAGUCUGUGCUUUGGUGUUAGAGGACUCACACCUGGGGCUGGACCUGAGUGUUUUUCUAAGUGUGGCUACCGCUGACGGGCAGGUGCCAUCCAUCAGGCUGAGGCUCGGCUCUUAUGCUAACCUGAGGCCCCAUGGCUGGCGGCCCUGCUGGUGUGGACGACCGCUGUGUGCGUCUCUUGAUGGCUGAGGAGCAUUUUGUUUAAACAGGAUGUUUAAAAUGAAGUGUACGCUUAUAAUACAAGUGAUGCUUGUGUAUUUCUCACUUUAGGAAAUAAAAUAUUUGCCAAUUUGAUAGAAUUUUGACUUGAACGUUAAUCGUAUUUUUAGAUAUUGGUUAGGAUAUUUUAUGUUAGGUUAUUUUCAUUUGAUUUUAUCUAGUUGUACGUAGAAGAUACUGUCAUCUUUUAGGACAAAGUAUUGUAAAAUUAUCUGUUUUAGCCCAUGUUCUGAUGACCCACAGCUCUCUCACCUUUGAGCAUCAUCUCCCCAUUCUAAGUUUUUUUCCCACUUAAUUCCUAACCCUGCCUCUUUGAGGAAGCCCAUUGACGGGGCAAUUAAAACCUUCUCAUUGCUCCCGAGACCAGAACGGCAAGAUGUUUCCUUUCAGAAGCUGAGAGCCACAAGGAGGACAGCAGUGAGCAUCUGUACAAAAAUGAGCUCAGAGACGCCCGUGUUCAGUGGAGCACGCCGAUGGGGUGGGCGCCCUGGCUCUAGACGCUCUCCUAACACACCUGUGCUUU